AUGUACGAGCCCAUUGGGCCUGGAACAUGUACGAGCCCAUCGGGCCUGGAACAUAAAAAUUUUGGAAAAAUUCAACUGUAUGCGGCGAGCGCCGCUCUGAGCUGUUUGGUGCUGUUCGUGGGGCUGAAGCAUCUCGACCCUAACCGCGAAGCAGCGAAGAAAGCCAUAGAGCACAAGAAGGAAAUUGCUAAGCGUUUAGGCCGACCUCUCAUUCAAACCAAUCCUUAUGAGGAUGUUAUAGCCUGUGAUGUUGUCAAUCCGGACCAUAUAGAUGUGAAAUUUGACUCAAUUGGGGGAUUGGAUGCCAUUAAACAAGCAUUGUACGAACUAGUGAUUCUUCCUCUACGAAGACCUGAGCUAUUUGCUCAUGGGAAGCUUCUUGGUCCACAAAAAGGGGUUUUGUUAUAUGGGCCACCUGGCACUGGGAAGACAAUGCUUGCCAAAGCUAUCGCAAAAGAAUCAGGGGCGGUUUUUAUUAACGUGAGAAUAUCCAAUUUAAUGAGCAAAUGGUUUGGCGACGCACAGAAACUAGUGGCUGCUGUUUUCAGCUUGGCCUACAAACUCCAGCCAGCUAUUAUUUUCAUCGAUGAAGUGGACAGUUUUUUGGGCCAGCGCAAGUCUACUGACCAUGAAGCACUAACAAACAUGAAGACUGAAUUUAUGGCUUUGUGGGAUGGUUUCACCACUGACCAAGAUGCUCGGGUCAUGGUGCUUGCUGCUACCAAUCGUCCAUCAGAACUUGAUGAAGCAAUUCUUCGGCGACUUCCUCAGGCAUUUGAAAUUGGGAUACCUGAUCGUAAGGAGAGGGUUGCAAUACUGAAGGUUAUAUUAAAGGAUGAGAAGGUUGAAGAUGGCAUUGAUUAUGACCACAUAGCUGCUCUAUGCGAUGGUUACACUGGUUCAGAUCUUCUUGAGCUCUGCAAAAAGGCUGCGUACUUCCCCAUCCGGGACUUGCUUAAUGAUGAGAAAGCUGGAAAACCGUCUAAGGAGCCAAGGCCAUUAUCACAGGCAGAUUUGGAGAGAGUCAUUGCUACAACCACCAAGACGAAGGUUGCUGCUAGUGAAUAUAGUAGAUUAAGCUUGCAACAAUCAUCAGGAUGGUCACGGCAAAGAGAUUCGGAUGAUUAUCAGGUCCAAGCUGCGAUCAGUGAGCUAUCUAAACUUGUCGUUUCCCAAAUUUUGAACCUUCAAUCGGAAGCCCAAGAUACUUAAUUUCCAUGUACUUUCUCAUAUCUCUGCACUAGGCCUGUUGCUUGUUUAAUGAAGCGUAACCAAGUGCUUGUGAUUACUUUCCAGUAUAUUUGGUUAGAAAUAUUGCUGUAGGAUCUACAAAAUUGUUCACUUUUUGUUGACCUGCUCAUCAUCUUGGGACAACUCGAGGAUUUUGAUUCUGCUUGGCGAUUAUCGAUUCCCAGCUCAUACCAUCUUAUCCAAGCAAGUAUUUAUUCAAAUGGAUUGUGAAUCGAUAAUGCCAAAACUUCAUUUUAUAUGUUUUCAUUCA